AUGGACGCGCCUGGCGCGACUGAGGCGACGGAUGAUAUCCGUCAGGAUGGCUCCGACUUGGAGGUAUCGGCCGGACAGAACGUUCACAAGUCCAGUACCCACCCCAAUCACCCAGAUCGAUUGGCAGGAAAUGAGCACGAGCACGAGCACAACGAGGACGAGGGCCAAGAUGACAAUGAGCAUGAGGAUAAUAGUGAAGAGGAAGAGGAAAUAGAGGACGAGGAGGAGGAAGAGGAGCCACACCUGAAAUAUGCGUACUUGACGAAGCAUUUGGGAGCGGUGUACCGCAACGGAGAUGCAACGAGCUCUUUCCUCGCUGCUGGAGACAAGCUGAUAAUUGGAACGCAUAACGGUAAUAUUCAUGCGUUGUCACUACCUCUGUUCCAAUCUCUCCGUGUGUACCAUGCACACUCUGCUAGCGUCACUUCUAUAUCGGUCUCGCCAUUCCCUCCACCGUUACCGAACAUUAAACCCGACAGCAUUAGGCUUCAUGAAGCACAGGACCACAACUCCAGACCAUCAUCCGGCGCUUCCAGCCUUCGGGGCAGGCCAAGGCCGAACACACACCCAGCGCUAUCCUCUACACCCUCAAACUCGAUAUAUAUAGCGACGUCUUCCAUAGAUGGUAAUGUGUGUGUUGCGUCUCUUGUGGAUCCCAAAGACGUUCUCUUGCGCAACUUUGGCCGGCCUGUACAAGCUGUCGCACUAUCACCAGAGUACAAAAGUGACAGAACAUUCUUAUCCGGUGGCCGGGCAGGUGACCUGAUUCUUACUACUGGUGGCCGAGUGGGGGCAAGUACGAAUUCGACAACGAUGGGGGGUGCUGCAGCUGCAGCUACGAGCUGGCUUGGCUCUAUUGGCCUUGGGAGCAACACCGGCAAGGAUACCAUAUUACAUAGUGGCGAAGGAGCUAUUAGCACGAUAAAAUGGUCAUUGUCUGGGAAAUUCGUCGUCUGGGUCAAUGAAGAAGGAAUCAAAAUCAUGCGAUCAAACCUUCACUUAGAUUCAUCUGACUCAGAAUAUGCCUGGAAACGCAUCAGUCACAUUGACCGCCCCAACCGUCCUGGAUGGGAAGAGAUGUCUAGUGUUUGGAAGGCUCGCGCUGAAUGGGUUGACGACGCCGCGCUUGAUAGCGAGGAGACGCCGAAGCACAAAGGCGAGACAUCUCUCCACGACCACACAACCGUUACACCCACCAAAGAAAGGGUAGAGAAGCUAGUAGUGGGCUGGGGUGGUACGGUCUGGGUAAUUGAAGUUUAUCCUGACCGGCCGAGCAAGAACAACAGAGACCAAAGGAUUGGAUCUGUAGAGGUCUCUACAAUACUGCGGACCGACUGUGUUAUAUCUGGAAUCUCAUUAUAUACUCCCAGCCUUUUGGUAGUUCUCGCCUACAUCGAAGCUGAAGGGGAUGCUUCAGGGGACGAACGGUCCAAACAUGGAGUCCUCCAUCCCAGAGGACGUCAUCGGCCAAGAGGGUUAGAGCCUGAGCUUCGGAUAAUUGAUAUUGAAACCAAAGAAGAGCUCAGUGCAGAUACCCUUUCAGUCAGCCGCUAUGAGAAUCUUACUUCUUCCGACUAUCAUAUGUGUGUUUUACCGCCCUGGAAGACAACUGUAUCCGUUUCCCAGAAAGGUACAUUGGAAGCUCUCGGGAGUGGCAUCUGGGAUGCAACGAUGUAUCCUGCACGCUUGUUCAGUUCGGGUGCCAGUAUUCGCAGUUCGACUAGCAGCGGCGACAAAGGUUCUAGUAGAGCACCCAGUACUUAUGCCUCCCGACGGGUACCUGUAGAGGAGCCCUUAUCUAAAGAGAUACAAGAUAUCUCAGGGAAUGUGGGGACCAAGAUCUUCAUACAUAGUCCGUAUGAUUGUGUUGUUGCACUGAAGAGAGAUCUCGCAGAUCGCCUGUCUUGGCUGGAUGCACACGAGAAAUACGAGGAAGCAUGGAAGCUCAUCGAUGAGCAUCCCGAGGCAGCCGGAUCUGCAAGUGAACAGAGCGAUGCCAUGUUUGCUCCUUUGGCAAGAGCUCCAACUACCCUUGGCGAAUUCUUAGCUGAUGAUAGGUCUUCCACGACAACCACCGGCCGAGGAAUCAUUUCUGUUGCCGAGCAAGAAAAGCGCCGUAUUGGUGAGCUAUGGAUACAGCAGUUAGUUGAGGCGGAUAACUGGAAGGAGGCGGCUGAGGUUUGUGUGAAAGCACUUCAUACUGCGCCACGUUGGGAACAUUGGGCUUGGACUUUCAUCAAGCGCGACAAGCUGGAUGAAAUAUCACCUGCCAUUCCAACCGAUAUGCACCCACCCCUAUCUUCAGCAAUCUAUGAAACCAUCCUUGGCCAUUAUGCCACUCAAGACAGACAUAGGUUUAGUGAGCUUAUAGACUCCUGGCCGUUCGACCUAUUUGAUGUUGCCGGAAUCAUAUCGGUCAUUAAAGAGCAACUUGGAUCAGGAUCUAUCAUACCCGAUUCGGAUGAGUGGCGCAUCUUGAUGAAUAGUCUUGCUAAGCUGUAUCUAGCCGGUGGUCACUAUGGUGAAGCGUUACGUUGUUAUGUCCGACUCCAAGAUGCGGAUACGGCUAUGGCUUUGACAAGAGAGCAUCGUUUACUGGAUGCAGUCUCCGACGAUAUUCCAGCGUUCAUCAUGAUCCGUGUGUCCAAGGAGCAGCUCAAAUCGGCACCCAAAUCCGAGCUGGAGGAGCUCACAGCAGAGCCUAUCAAGCUCCUCGUGAGCGAAGCAUAUACAGGAAUUGUCCGUCCAGAGACCGUUGUCAACCAGCUGAAAGCAGCGAACCGGCUUUUAUUCCUCUAUUUCUAUCUGCGGGCUCUUUGGCGAGGAGAGUCUCUACCACAUGGCGCUACUAAACCCCGAAGGGGCCACUUCGCUCACAUCCGGGACGCCGCGAGCAAAUUGGCAGCCGACGAAGGGAAAGCACUAGUUGACACUUUCGCCGACACAGCAGUGGAGCUUUUCGCAAACUACGACCGUGCAUUGUUGAUGGAGUUUUUGCAAACUAGCACCGCUUACACAUUCGACUUGGCAGUCACCAUAUGCGAAGGCCGUCGCUUUACACACGAGCUCAUCUACCUCCUAUCAAAGAUGGGUCAAACAAAACGAGCCCUGAACCUCAUCCUCUCCGAAUUAAAGGAUGUAUCACAAGCCAUCUCAUUCGCCAAGUCCCAAGGCGAACCCGACCUCUGGGAGGACCUCCUCGACUACUCGAUGGACAAGCCACGUUUCAUCCACGGUCUCCUCGUGGAGGCUGGUACAGCCAUCGACCCAAUCAAGCUCGUCCGACGGAUCCCUAGCGGACUAGAAAUCGAAGGUCUGCGCGAGGGCCUGUCGCACUUGAUCCGAGAACACGAUCUCCAGGCAAGUAUCAGCCAAGGCGCCGCCAAAGUCCUCCAAAGCGAGGUCGCAGUGGGCAUGGACACGUUACGUCGAGGUCAGCGACGAGGCAUCAAGUUCAAUGUUAUUGAAGAAGAAAAGCGUCCAGCAUCAUCAGCAGCUACGCUGUCCGGAGUAACCGAGAAAGACGAAGUGAAGAGUGACGCCGGCACUGAGAAGACCUCCGUACCAGCACAUACUCCGACGCAAGUCGGGAGAUGUGCAGGUUGUCAACUUCCUUUCCAUGCCAAUGAGAAAGAGAUUCUUGUUGGGUUCGCCUGCGGACACAUCUUCCAUCUUUCCCACAUUCAUGCAUCUGAACCCUCCGAUGAUACCACGCCGGACAGUCGUUCAGCUACACAAACUCCAAAGUCGUUCCGGCAACCGCGUACACCGACACUGGACGAGCCCUCGAUGUCCACAUCCCGGACGGUUGGCCCCAAGGUCACCACUGCCCGGCUUCUCCGGGACCGAAUUGGCGAUGGAUGCCGGAUUUGUGCUCUUGCGAAGGAGAUUGAAGCGAUCGGGGAAACUGAUACUUAA